GUUUGACAUUGAUAUUUGAUUGAUGAAUUGUUUAAAAAAAUUAUCAACCCAAUUGUUGAUAAAAUUAUAAAUAUUUAUUAUGGAUAAUACACUAGAAGAUCCAGUUGAAAAUUCAGAUCAACAAGUGAAUGAUAUAAACAAUGAUGUAAACAAUGAUGUAAACAAUGAAAUGGAAAUAGUACCUGAACCAGUUGAUGCUCCAGUCACUGAUGAAGAAGCACCAAGUUUAAUUGAGUCACCAAUUGAAGCUAGCAGCUCUGAAAAUAAAAUGGAUGUUGAUGCAGCUCCAGAAAAUUCAAAUGACAAUAAACAACAACAACAACAAAAUAUUACAUCUAACGUUGAUGAUAAUGGAGAUGAUAAUGAUAAUGAUGAUAAAGAUGAUGCUGAUGACAAUGAGGAUGUUGUAACAACUAAAAAAACAAAAAUGCGUUACCAAACAUUAAUUGACAGUGAAUCAGAGGAUGACAAUAUAAAAAUAACACAACAAAGUACUCAUGACAGUUCAUCAUCCGAAGAAAGUGACACUGAAACAUCAUCAAUAAAACCAAAAAAAGUAUAUAAAAAAUUUGAAGUAGAUAGUGAUACUGAUGAAGAAGAUAAUACUCAAAUAAAUAAAGAAAAUAAUUUAAAGAAUGACAAUGAAGUACCAGUUGGCUUUAAAAAUAAAUCCAAUAAAAUAAGUGAUCUUAUUGACUCAGAAUCAGAGGAAGAUGAAGAAAAAAGAUUGAGUAAUUAUCCAGUUGACGAUGAGCUAGAUGACAAUACAAAUAAAAAAUUAAAAAAAUCUAAAAAUCAAAAGAAAAGUAAUGUAACAAAAAGAGCAGCAAAAGAUGAAGCUAUGAAAAUGAUUUACAGUGAGAGUCAACGUUUGUUGAGAGAGACUGAAAUUUCAUUGCCUUAUCAUCGUCCAAAACAACGAAGUUUAAAAGAAUUUUUAAAUCGUAAAAAAAUGGAUCCAAUUCUACCAGAAGCUGGUACAAUGUCAGCAAGAUUAAAAUUAUCAGCAUCAAUUGUCAGUAAAAUUGUUGAAGAAAAAGAAAAAGAAGCUGUUAUAUUUUUUAAAUCUGAUUCUGAAGAUGAUGAUGAUGAUCAUUGUGAAUCAGCAACUCAACAAAUAAAUAAUGACAAAGAAACAAGUCAAGAUUUAUCACAAAAUAAUACUGAAGUUGCUGAUAAAGUUGAAGAAACUGUUGAUAAAAUUGAGACAAGUGGUGAUAAUAAAGUUGAAAAAAAUUCAGGAGAUAAUGGAGUAUCAAGAAAGCUAUUUAUGGAUGAUGAUGAUGGUGAUGAUAAGGAACCUUCAGCUUCUCAAGAUACUAGUGAUAAAUCAGCCGACCAAGAUGAGAAUAAAAGCCAAGAGAAAAACCAGGAAGACAAACAAGUUUCAGAUGAUGAUAAAAAUUUAGAAAAACCAGUUGAUCAAGUGUCUCUUGAUGAAAUUAACUUGGACGUUAUUUCUACAAACGAAACAACUGAAAAAAUAAAAUUACCUGAUGAAUUAUCAAGCUCAACAGAUAAUAAAAAAAGUCGUGAUAGUCUAGCAAGUCAAUGUUCAACUGAUGACAUAUUUGCAAGUCCAAUAUCAACUGAAAAAUCAGAUACAGUUUUAUCAUCACUUGAUGAAGCAUCUAAAAAAUUAUCAACAACAAUUGAACAGCCACAAAAUUCAUUUAUAAAAAAUCGUAAAUCAUCAAUAGCAAAAUUACCGGAAUUAAAACCAAAACUUCGUGGUUCAUCUGGAAUGAUGAUUGAUUUAACUGAAACAAUAAAACCAAAUAAAAAAGCAGUUAAUAAUUUAAUGGAUAGAUAUUUAACAAAACACACUGUUAUACCAAAACAAGAUGAUAAAAAACCAAGUGUUUCAAUAAUAAAUACUGUAAUAACAUCAGAUGGUGUUGAAAUAAAAAAUGACACUGUGUCAUACAGUGCAAAUGAUAAAGUUGAAAAAGUUGAAGAUGAUGAUUUAAAUAAACCAGGUGUUAAAUUAGUUCGUUUGAAAGAAGAGUUGAGAAAACAAAUGACAAUUAAAAGAGCUGAAGAAUGGAAACAAAAAGAAAUUGAAAUGAAAAUGAAUGAAGAAGAAGAUGACGAAGAAGAAGAAGAAGAAGAUGAUGAAGAAAAAUAUAAAAAAUAUAAUAAAGAAAAAGAAAUAAUAAUAAAUGAAGAUGAAGAAGUUGUAGAACUUGAAAGUGAACCAGAAGAAAAUGACAUAAUAAUUAAAGAUAAAAAACGUAAAAAUCGUGAAUACGAUGAUGAUGAAGCUGAGGUUAGUGAUGAGGAAGUUGAACUGAGUGAUGAUGAAGUAGAAGAAGAAGAAGAAGAAGAGACUGAAAAAUUAGAAUUAAAUGAUAAUGAUGAUGAUGAAUCUGGCAAUGAUGAUGACAUUGAUGAAACAACAGAUAUUAAAAAGAAAAAAUUCAGCAGAAUUGUUAAUGUAGAUGAGGAUUCUGAUGAUGAUGUUGAUGAUUUAACAAUUGAAAAAAAUAAAUCACCACAAGAUAAUAAAAUUGAAGGUAAAAAAAGCGAUAAUAACUUGAUUGAUUGUGAGGAUGAUUAUCCAGCUCCAUAUCAAAUACCAACAGAUGCAACACAGCCAAAUUCCGUACCAUUUGAAUCACCAUUACGUUCAUUAAAUUUAUCAUCACAAUUACCAAUUUCAUCACCAGCAAGUACACCCCUAACACCGUCAAUUAUAAAUUCAUCACCAGCAACACAAACACAAAAAUUAAGUGUAAAUUCAAUAUUAGAAUCACCAAAAAAUAUAAGUGCUGAAUAUUAUCGUAUAUUUGGUACACAAAGUAAUGAUAAAAAAAAAUUAUUUGAUAAUGCCAGAAGCCAAGUUACUGAUGAUGAUUUACUGGCAUUAUGUUCUGGUAAAUUUACAAAUUCAAGUACUCAAAAUAAGCCAGAUUUAAAUGGAUUAGUUGGUACUCAAUUAUCAAAAGAAGCAACUGAAAGUCAAUUAUUAAAUCUUUGUUCUGGUGAAUUUACAUCAUUAACAAAUAAUAAAGUAUUAACAAAUAAUCAUAUUGAUGAUACAUCACAAGAUAUAUGUUUAACUCUUGAUGAAUCAUCACAGCCAGAAAUUGAAAAUUUAAAUUGUACAAAUAGCCAGAUAAAUACACAAAGUUUAUCAUUAAAAAUAGACAAUAAUGCAUCAUCAGUUGUUGAAGAAAAAAACUCACCAAUUGAUUGGAGAAAAUUUUCAGUUGUUUCAUCAGAAGAUGAAGAUGAUAAUGUUGAAUUGACAGUAAAUAAAACAAAAGCUUUAAAGAAGAAAAAAGUACUUGUUUUAUCUGAUGAUGAAGAUGAUGAAGAUGGUAAAGAGGCUGAAGAAGAAGAUGAAGAAGAAGAUGAAGUAGAAGAAGAAGAACAAAUAGUUGAAAGUGAUGAUGAAAAAUAUAUUGAUUAUGAUUCCGAUGAAAAUGAAAUAAUAAUAUCAAAAAAAGAUAUAAAUAAAGUAGCAAAAAAAUAUGUUGAUGCUGAAGCUGAAUUGAGCGACAGUGAUUGGGACUCAGCAGAUGAAGAUGAAAAAGAUUUAGAUAAAAUGGAAGUUGAAAUUGGUGAUAAUGAAGUAAUUGAUGAGGAUCAAAUGAGAAAACAAAUUGGUAAAAUACAUGCAAGACAACAAUUGGAUGAUGAUCAGCGUAGAGUUACAAUGUUAAAAGAAAUGUUUUUUGAUGAUGGUGAUUUGCAUGAGGAUGGAGCUGGUCGUGAGAGAAAAUUUAAAUGGAAAAAUAUUGAUAAUAUUGGUAUGGAUAAUGUACUUGAUAAAAAAAAUAAUGAUGAUGAUGAUAAUCAAGAUGACAUUGAUGAUGGAGUUAAUGAAAUUGAAUGGCGUAAACUUCGAAUGGAACGUGAAAAAUUUUUGCAGGAAAAUAAAAAAAUUAUUGAAGAUGAUGAUGUUGAUUUGAUGAAAGGAAAAAUAUUAAAAUUAGGAAUGAGAAUGAUAAGAAAAGAUAAUAAUACUGCUUGUGCAAUUGAUGAUGAUGAUGAUGAUGGAUCAAAUAAUGUCGUUCGUAAUAAUUUAGUUGAAUUAAAAAAAAGUUGUUCUGUUAAAAUACCUGGUAUUUUAAAUAAAGCUAAAGGAAGUUUUUUAAAACGUGGAGAUCAAGAAUUAGCACGACUUGCAACUGUGAUAAAACCAACAGAUUCUGGCUUUGUAAGGGGAAAUAAUAAAAAUUUUAUAUUCAGUCAUAUUAGUCCAUCUGUUGCUGGAGCUAAUAAAAAUAAUAAAGAUGAAGAUGACAAUAGUGACAUUGAAGAAACUUCAUCCAAACUAAAUACGAUACGUAAACGAAAAUCAACAAGUGGAAUGACACCAACAACAUCAAAAAAACUCAAAAUCGAUACAAAUAAUUUAUCAAAAAAGAAAAUAUUUUAAAUUUAAAUGAAAAA